AUGCACACUAACAACACAAAAAUACACACACAGCAAGAGAAAGGGAAGAACGGAGAGGGAAAGAAAAGAAAAGAAAGGGGAAAGCUGGAAUCAGAGAGCAAGAGAAAGAGAGGGGGAAAAAGGAGGACGGCACCGGCGGGCACUGCCGCCGCGCCAUCGUGUCGCCGUCAGGAAGGGGGAGACGUUGAGCGAGAGGAAGAGCUGCUCGAUGAAGGAGUGUCGAUGUGCCUCCAUCGCCACCCUGCUCAAGACUCAGAAAAAGGCAAGGGCUGGAAGCGAUUUGAGUUUGACAAGGAUGCGCCUCUUGAAGAUGAGGAAAUUGAAGUGGCUGAAGAUGAUGCUUCCUUGGUCAAGCAAAUUGGCCAGAGUUUCCAGUAUUCUAAAAUAGAGGCAAGAAGGGAGGAACAAAUCCAAGUUGCUCAUGACGAAGCCAUGUUUGGUGCUUCAGCACUUCCACCUCCUACCAGUACUGACAGUGAGCCUGAAAGGGAGAAUGAGAAAGAAGUUAAUAAAAAAGCUGUUGUUACAAGUCUCUUAAGUGAAACGGGUGCAAGUUGUGAAUUGGUUGUGUUUGUUGGAACCGUGGACGGUGGAAAUAUCCAAGUUUUAGGGGAGGAGUGCUGA